CACUGCGCCCCGGGGGACGCGGACGUGGCGGCGGCCGAAAGGUGCCCGUGGUGUGGGACAGCACCGCGGCUUGGGCUCUCUAAGGCCUCCGAGGCAAAGGAGAUGCCCGGUUAACCUCAGUUUUACCUCGUUGUAUGAAGAGACACUUGGAACACCUAGCGUCCGAGGUUUGGCACCGGUUUAAACUGCUGUAAAAGCCAUUACAAACCACCGGUCGCGUUCCUUCCGCACAUAUCGGCAAUAAAUCCCGGAAAACAGAUACCUACUGAGUCUGAAAAAUCAUAGGAUAAAAACUCUGCAGUGUGAUGUAUAAAGUCACUACACUGAAGCUCUUCUGUCUCUUUCUUCACAGUGCCGUCCCAUCCAUUGAUGGUUUUCAGAAAAGGAAAUUAAAGGCAAUACUUUGUGUCACAUUUUCGGUGAACACUAAGGUUCUAAAACUCUAUCCUUACCCCAAGCAUUUUUACUUCCUAGAAUUUAAUUCCCUACAACUAAGCAGAGAUUAGGGAAUCAUAUUCACCUAUCUGCCUCUAUGGUGACAGAAUUUAUUGUUUGUACUUAACCUGGCUGGAGCCUGCAAUUGUGAAAUAAAUACUGUUACAAAUGAGGAUUUUACAACUAACUUUGAAAAUAAGGAGUUGACCUGGGUCAGAGUAUUUGGGAGAGAAGCUGGAAGACAACUGCAACAGGAUGGCUGAAUCAGAAUCUCAGGAAGGAAACUAUUAUAACAGGGGAAAGAUGGUGGAGAACUUUAAAACAGAUAUGGAGGAACUUCUGGAGGAAAUGGAAAAACUAACAGUGCGUGCAACCUGGAUGGCCUAUGACUGCGUGGCCAUCCAGACCAACCCAGACCUGUCCAACGCCAUGCAGCACUUGGAAGAUGUCUUCCUGAUGUGCAAAGAGCAGAUGGAGAAGAAAUGGCAAGAGGUGCUACUGGAAUCUAUAGAGAUGUCAAGAAGCUGUAUUUCAAACUCCUUCCCCUUUAGUAGAGAAGAAGAAAGGACUAAGAAAUUUCUUUUCAGCAGAGUGUACACAUAAGAUAGAUAAAGCUCCUCAAGUAUUCUUCCAAAAGCAUAAUGAAAGACAAAAGCAACAGUAUUCCACAUGUUCUGUUCCCAGCUUUACAGGCAGAAACUUCAGGAAUCCAGAUCUGCAACUGCCAACAGAAGGUGAGAGGCUGCAGUAAGCUGGAGCUUGUUUUAUAAAGGCAAUCAGGACAGCUUCGAAUAAAUCCUAGAAAUCCAAGCAGAAACCCUAAAGAUUUACUACUUCAGCUGCAGAUAAACAUCACUGAAAUAAGCCUCUAACAAGCCUAAGCUCUAAGCUUGAUGAAAAGACUUUUACUCUGUGUAUCCAGAGGGAAGAGAGCACUAUGGUCCCUGUUACUGUUUAGCAGCAUCCUGCAGGCUCCAGUUUCUGAUUCAGAAGACAGAUGUUUCAUAUUAAUGGACAACACUCAACAACAAAGCCUUUCCUUUCCCAGGGGGAACCCUGAUGAACAGGCAACCAGAAAAGCCUCCAGAGCUAGUUCAGGUUCUUAUUUGAAAGAGUUCUUUCCAUACGCUUAUACCACUACAUCAUCAGCACAUCCAGCAUUGUGUCCCAGUAACAGCCAAAAUUUGUUACACUGAUUCCUGGUGCAGGUACUUCAGGCUGUGCAUGAGCAACACAACCCAGUGAAGUGAAGAGAAAGGGAUUAACUCCUCCUCACAGCUAGUUGAUUUAAACUCUACCUAAUUAUAUGUAACUGCUCUGCCUGCUGACACUUUUCCUGUUGUUAAAUUGUGAGACAUACUGCAGCCACGAGGUAGAUGGACCCCUCCUGCUCACAGCACCUGUAGCUGACUGACACAGUGCCCUGGACAGCAACUUGCACCAACCAACCAGACAGGGAUGCAAAGUGAAGAACUGCCCUUCCCAAAAACACUGCCUGGGGCCCCUGCAAGACAAAGGGUUAACUCAAAGCAAGCCAUGCAUGCCCUAAAAAGAAAAACAUUUUAAUCUGCACUAGUUAUAAAUAGCAACCAGUAGCCAGCCACCAAGCACUAACCCUCAGUCCAGUCAUGAGAUUGGGCCCAUUCCCUCCCCAUGCAGAUGCAUGCAGGGGAGGCAGGGAGAAGCUGUAUCUAUUCAACUAGGUCAGCCUUAUUCUGAAAGGAUUAGGGUUGUAAUCCAGCCCCUCCCAGGCACGAGGGAGGGGCAGAGCAGGCACUAUCAGUGCAGAGGGAGCUUGAAGGAGGAUGUUUGGUCACAGCAAGGAUUUGCCAUCCUCCUCAGAGAGCCUCAUCAGGAGCUCUGGCCAGAAUGUCUCAGGCUCUGGGACUGAGCACAUCCAUGUACAGGAUGAGGAACACCCUCUACUCUGCCAUGCUCAGCCUACCAACAGGGUUAAUCUAAUGCAGGUCUGCACAUGAUGUGGUAUUUCUGAAACAAAGUCAGUUUUGCUCACCAAAAGGACUUCAGCCACAGGAGAUGGGAAGUGCCCACCCCUCUCCACACACACCCACCCGUUUACACUUAGGGGAAUAAUCUCUUCUACAGGUGAAGGAGACAAAACAGCACAGAUAACACAACCUUUCUGUUUGGGUCUCAGCUGGCAGCCCUCCCAAGCAGAAUAACAUUGAUCCAGGUUAUCUGUCAUCAGCAUAGCAGCCAUCUUCCAGGAUACUGUCUCACAAGUACCAAGGAAACCUCAUUUGUCUUUAAGGCAGUGCAGCCUAUCCAGUACAUAGUUCUCUUCCAGAAUUGUUCCCACCCUCCUCUGGACACAAUCCCACCAGACCACAGAUGUGUCAGCAUGCCCACAGCACAGGCUGCUAAGGAAGGAAAAUGACCAUCAAAAAUCAGUACAUGCAUUGACAGCUCUUGCUCUCAAGCCCACCAGCUGAACCAAGAAUAUGUACUGUGCACACUUCCCAACAUAAUUUUUUCUCAUAACAGGCACUAGAUUUAUCCCCUUCCAGCUCCAGCCAGGCUCAGAUAAUGGAUGUACACCCUAUAACCCAGAGAACAGUUACCACUGUUACCACAGUUACCACUAUUUAGUCAUCAAGACACAAGAACUAAACUAACUCUCAGUGUUGACUCAUCAGCUAAGGAUAUACACACAUAUUCUCAUUCUCAGUAACCAGCUCUGGGAACAAACUUUCUGGUUACAUUUGAUAGAAAUACUGUCACACCACAGAGAAAGCUCAUGCUUUCAAAGAUCGCAUGAGCCUGCAGACAUUUUAAUAUGGGACAAACUCUAGGGGCAAGAGUGCACUUUCUGGUGAAUUAUGCAAAACCAGAUCUAAGUCAACUAAUCAUUUGACAUCAGCAUGGCAAGACAGAGGAUGCUGUCUCCAUUCUUUGCCUGCAACCUGAGAGUCACAGUAUAAACUUAGAACAGCCUCCUGACAGCUCAAGGAAAGUUAACCAAUAACAAGCUGCUGGGCAAGCUCUCUCUGCUUGGGCAUACUUGGCACACAGCCUUCCUCUUCUUCUGCCUAAGAGCAGCUGCUUUGUGCAGAAACAGCUGAUGGCAACCCAGGCUGGUCAAGAGCCAGACUAGAUCACUUUCUCUCAAAUACCAGGGAGGGCAGACAGAAGAGACUGCAAGUGAAGAGGGUAGGAAGAAACAAAAGGCACAAGGAGCAUGAGGAAACAGGGCAAGGACGGACAGCUGCAGCUAGGUAUUCACAGAGGAGUCAUCUCACCAAGGGGAGACAACCAAACAAAAUCCACACCAAAAAAUACCUUUGGUGUUGAAAUUAGAGCAGACAAAAAGGGUUAAGAAGGGUUAAAAUACCUAGCCCUUCAUAGAGAAGGAAAACAACCUAACAUUUCUCCCUGAAAAUUUCAACACAUACAUCCACUCAAGUUAUCUGCAGAAAAUAUUCUAAGGAGAAGCCAGGACAAGGUUGUGUAGCUGUUCCAGGAAGCUGCAUUAGAAACCAACCACAGCACACAUGUCUAAGCACAACUCCUGCUGUCUUACCUGAUGAACAAAUACAUCUUCUUUUGUAUCAUUUCUGUGAAAAGAAAGUGAGAAGUCAUAAGAGUUUAGACUAAAGAGACUUUAAUAGAAAUUCCUGACUUCUUAAGUGAAACCCUCCUUCUCCCAGCCUGUAGCACAUGCCCCGAAUUCCAUACGUUCUGUCUAAGCCUAUGCUACCAAAACCCUGCUCUGAACUUCUAUGGUCAUUUGCUCGAGAACAGAAAGGGUUCCUGGGCCUUCAAAAGCAUGAGAGGACGGGGGAGAUUCUCUGUAAUCUUCUGGCAAAUAUGCAGUGUUUUCUUUUUACGCAGGGCAGAGUUGAUGACUGGACUGCUUGUUUUUCACUACUCUAACUCCACAAAAACACUUCCGGAGGGACUGCAACCUGAGCUGUUACCCCAGAGGUCAAACAACUAUCAACAGGACUGGCCACAGCUGUUAACAGAGAUCUCCUUUCAGUGAAAUUCAAAGCAAAGAGGCACAAGAGCUGUUAGGAAAGUCCACAGGGGGAGGACCCAGACAUGAAUGUGAUGUUUUCUGGAUUAAGCCAGACACUUCAGACUUCCACACAGAAAACACAGAGAUAAGUCUGAGACCUUGAAUCUGUGUUCCCAUACAAUAAAAAAGAGCCUAAGCCCUGCUAUCAAUUCCUUCUCAGCAAACGGAACAGGUGGGUCAAAGAGUUUGUGAAAAUAAAGCAUAAUCCCAAAUUUGUUGUCCUGGAUUGAAGCAAUAGUAAACUUCAUGUUAGGAAGAAAGCUAACAAGUUAUUACACCACAACCAGGUGAAGGCUCUUACAUCAACUGCUAUUACAGAUUUUAAGAGGACUUCCUAAUUAAAACUCUUCUUCAAAGCUUAUGCAACACUGUAUAAUAACCUCCAGAGACUGAGAUUAAUACCACAACUGGCUUCAGAUCCAUGAACGUGAGGUCUUCUACCCUUUUCUAUGCUGUCCAACUCACCCAAAUAUGCCUGAUGUGUAAAAACUCAAGGACUUGCAGAGUGAAAUAACUUGCCAGGUAUGUUUUUUUGUAAGACAAAUGUUCAGCAUGCACCAGUUUCAUUCCUCAAAAAAGCACACAACAUUUAAGCCUCUCAACCACAAAGACAUUUCAACCUUAAAAGCCAGAGUUUCCUCCAGUAAACUGGAAGCAUGGGUCUUCUACACCUAAGGUUACAGAUGACCAAUCUUGCCUACAACUGUUUGGAUUCUAAUUGCUAUUCAGAGAUUUGUUUCUGCCCAGAGAAGAGGGAAAAAAACCAAAAGAUACAAAGAGAAAAUUUCUAUGAAACCCAGGCCUGGCAUAUUUUCAGUGAGAUGCUAUCAGAGAAUCCCAAUAAGCAUCCACAGGAGGUAUUCUGACCAAGCAGUUAACACUUCAAGUUUACCCAAAAGUAUUUCCCCUCAUCCUCCUACCUUUCUCAGGCCUUUGAAAAAAGCCAGGCAGUCACUAAAGAACAUGCAGCUCAUUAAGAGUGUAGUUAGUAGAAGUCAACAUGAGAAACAGGUAACAGACCAAAUUUGUAGAGUUUGACUCUGUUUUCUCCCCAUACAUAUAACCUUUGAUUAGGGGCUGAGGUGCUUAAGAAACUUUGCCGAGUGCCUGGCCUAAGCUGACUAGCAACUGCAUGAACUUGUAGUCAGGUCCUGAGGUCUCUGUUGCAAUCAGUAACACAUGGCCUAUCUUGUGAACUACGAGUCUUAGUACAGCACAAAUACAACUAUCAGAAUUUAAACAUACCUGUUGAUAAAACCAUAUCCAUUUCUGACAUUGAACCACUUGACUGUGCCAAGAACUUUGGUGGCUGGAAAGAAAAUUAAAGAAGUUAAUCUAAAAUAUAAGAAAGUACAAUAAUGUUACAUAAAUACUUCUAUAAUAGCAUAUGAAGUUGCAACCAGACUCAUUCCAAAGCCGUAAAAAGAUACAGUGCUUUAACACACUAUUCUUCAGUCACUGGUUUACCAUACAGCACAAAACCUACCUCUAAUUCCAGAAUAGACCAUCCAUCCCUUUUUUUAAUUUCCUAUCCCAGAAACGGGCAGCAAAGCUGAAAAUCCCACUGCAGUUCAUCAGUUCUCUUCAGGUUAGUAGCUAGACAUGGAAACACAGCUGAAGGAAGCUAUGUUUUACAAUUCUCCUUUUACUUAGUUACCCUUCUUUCUUCCUUGGAAACCAGAACUGCCCAAAGAAGUACUGUGCAACCCUCUCAAGCGGAAAGGCAGCACAUCCUUAUUCUGGAAAAGCUCCUUCUUGCAUUGUCAGCAUCACACUAACCAAGUGGAUGCAUGAACUGGAGCAUCAGGGACAUGGCCUUCUCCACAUCCUCCACAGCUGCCAGUUUAUAAUACAUUUCCUCUGCUUCAGUAUUCAAAGUCGUUUGAAUUAUAUUGGAAGAAAUCAAUCCACCAACUUAGGUAACAAAAACUUUUGCAUGGACUAAGUAAUUUCUGCCUGUCUACAUUUUCUGAAUAUUUCCCAUCAACUUGUUGUAAAUGACUAUUUUAUAGAACUUAGAGCAAUACAGAACCACAGACUGGUUGAGAUUGGCUUGUCCUUCAUGUGUCUGAAAAUCCAGGAUUAGUUGCUCCAUACCUUUCCCAUGGAUCUAGGUGAGGCUGACUUCCUUCCUAAGUAAACUGGAAGCUCAGACCCCUUAAGUGUAGGGAUAAUUACAUAUUUCUUAAUUGAUGAUCACAAAUUUCUCCUCUCAUAGGAUGCUGCCUUUUUCCCAGCAAAUGAGCUGGUUUGCAAUAAUCCCUUUGAUCCUCCUCACUUGAUGUGCAAUUAUUCAACAUACCAUGUAGCCCUCAGACUGGAUGCAGAAUUAUUUAUUCCCUUCUUUCUCCAGGAUCCUGUGAGGAUUAAACCAACCCCAGUGAAUUUGGAGUGCUGAGAACUGACAAAAGCAUCCCAUAAGAUUUCUGGAUCCCAUAGGAGCUGCUUCUCAAAGAACAUCUUUAAUAUGGAAAUGGAGGCAGUUUUACAAAAUCAACUGAGUUGUUUAAAGGUUGGUUGUUGAAGACUUUCAUUAAGGGGGAAAAACCCAAACCUGACACUAACUUUAAUGGGAAGUAUUGUGAAUUCUUUAAUCUAAAAUGAAUCAAAGUGGUUUCUAGAUUAAGUAUCUGCAGGGUCCAGCAGUCAAAUGCAAAAUGCUGCUUCACCAAGCAGAAUGCUUCAGAGUAAGACAUAAGGGGUGGGUAAAGGAUAAAAAAUAUUUCCCAUUAAAGCCAUGGGAGGUGAUGUGGGACAAGGUAACAAAGUUACUGGCAGAGAAACUGACAGUUACUGUCUGUCACUGUUCCUUGAUUUCCGUGGUGUUCUGCAAGCACCUCCCAGCCCUUUCUGAGAAACACCAAGGUGAGCCUGGGGAAAAAACCACCAGUGGACAAUUUAUUAGAGAAAUCUGUGAACUGAGAUCACACUAGUCAAGAAUUUUAAGUUAAAUAAAUUAACAAAAUACUUCAAAACUUUUCAAAGGAUCCAUUUGGAUAUGUUAUAUGGGUGUAUGGUGGUCUACAUACAUCUGCUCCAUUGUGGGAAAUGAAGAAAAAUUCAUCCCAAAAUAACCCAGAGUUUGGCAUUGAUCUGGGAAUUGUUGGAUUGAAUUCACUCUACGACACAGAGGAUGUGUUUCAGACUUGAGGUACCCAAGAAUUACUGUUCAUAAACAAAUUUGGAUCCUUCCAGAUGGAAGGAUUUAAAGGACUGCCACGAGGAUUUGUGUGUUGCAAAACAGGAAAAACUUCUGAGCGAAUUAAUGCUGAGUACCUGGCUGGCUGCAAUAUAUGAAAAAGCUGAUUCCAGGCUAGAGAUGAAAGACAUGAAACAGGGAAAAAAGGUGAUGAUGAUCCUGUUCCCUGCCUGCUGCUUUGUGUCCCUGCUCCUGCCAAUGCUCCUGGUGUCAUCUAAGGGGUUAAGGUGACAUAAGACAAGUGCACAGGAGGUGGUGUUGCUCUAGCAGAGUGUAAGGCAGUAGCUGGAAGGACCUGAUGAAGACAAUUAGCUCUCCAGAGCCCUGAAAUGCAUGAUGAGAGUCACACUGGCUUGCUCCCGGACCUUUCUUUAUUUACCAUUUUAAAGAGACUGGAUGCCAGCCAGCUGCUGGCUCUCUGAGGAGGCAAAGGAACGGGAUGAGUGUGUUGGCAAAGGGCUUUGCAAGUGGUGAUUUAGAAGAUAGUCACAAACAAGUGUAGUAGCUAAAUUUCACCUCAGAAAUCCCUUCCCCAGCCGCUCACGCUGACCACAACCCACAUCUUUACUAACGACUCGAAUAGUACAGAGACCGCACACAGAGCUGCACUGAACGUGUGUGUGCCUGCACUGCAGAACAAAAAGGGAGACUGGCAGAGCCCCCGUCACCUCCCUGCUUGGUCAGGACAGACAAGGGCGAGCUCCGAGCACCACCAGAGAUCUGCGGGGACCCUUGGUCUGAGCUGGGCAGCUGCAGAUCAGAGCCCAGGCAGAAGCUUGGCGUGAGCAGCUCAGCUCAGAACCGCACACGCUGCUUCGCCCCUCCAACACCUCUCUUGGAAAUGGCCUUUCCCUUGAAUUUAAUGGUUCUUUCUGAAGCUAUUGCCGGGCUGUGCAAUCCUUUCCACAGCGACGAUCUGUGCGUCACUACGGGAGGCACGAUGGCGGGCAGGGGCGGGGCCAGGACGGACACCGCCGCCGUGUCGGCACAUCGCAGAGGGGUCGGCGUCAGGCAGCCGAGUAGACACCUUUGUAAGGAGCGAGGGCCUUACUGGUACCAUACCAAAGAUGGCGGCCCAGCAGAAAGCUGCUUCUGCCAGCACCUAAGAUGGUGACGAAGUGAGGAGGUGACGUGAGGCCACACCAAAAAUGGCGUCUCACUCGGGAGUUAUUUCCGCCAGUACAAAAGAUGGCAAAAAAAAAAAACCCGCUGAUCACGUGACGGCACACUAAAGAUGGUGUCUCAUCCGACAGUGACCUGCCAGUAGCCAAUGUGCCGGCAGUCACGUGAUGACACACCGAAGGUGGAGAGUCGGCACUGGGUUUAUUUGACCUUCCAAAGAUGGCGGUAUCUUGCUCAUGAGCCUUGGGUAGGGGAAGAAGUCGCAUCCUGGAAGGAGCCCGCUCUUCUCAAAGACGUCUGUUCGAUUGCCUGAACCCGACUCCAACGCCGAUUCCGCGCUUCCUGCUCUUCACGGCGUUUCCCGGUGUGGGGACAUGGGCUGUGGGGCCAGCGGCGCCGGGAGUAGGCAGCAGGAUGCAGCUCCUCUUUCGCAGGAGGUGCGAGGUGGCAGCCGGAGCUGGAGACAAGGUUUGCCAGGCAGGGCCAGCAGGGAGAAUUCCCGCUGCCAGUAGCUCCCUGGGAGUGCUGGGUGGAUUCGGGCUAGGGAGGUGGGAGGUGUGGGGAGUGCUCAUGUCCCCGGGAGCUGCUGAAAUGGCAGCUGGCAGCAGCCUCGUGUGUCUGUGUGGAACCAGCCAUAGCGCUGGCAGCCGGGUGAGAGCUGGGAAGUGAACAUCAGCAGUCUGGAAACAAGGCAGAGAAAUGGGUUAACAUGGCACGGACUUCUCCCAAGCAUCUUGUGAAAAACGCCAAUCACUUGUUUUAAAAUUUUUAAAGUUUAAUAAUAAAAUGUUUAUAAAAAUUGUAAUGAAAAUUAGAGCAAUAAGAAUUUGGACAAUCAGAGUUAGGACAAUAAAAAAGCAAAGGAUUACAGACGUGGGUAUUCUGCUCUGUUCCGAACACAUUUUGCUAAGGAAGGAUUAACCUUUAAAAGCAAUAGCCCAUUGCAUAUUCGUAUAUCUCAUGCAUGAUGCAGAAAUUCCUUUCAAGCAAAGGGUGUUUUCUGGUUAUUGUCAACUCCCCCCCCCCAUCUUGUAAAUCAAUCGUCUUGGUCCCUCAAAGUCUGCGCUAUCCCAAUAAGGAGGCAGUAAUUCUUCUCUUGGGAUCUUGGUGUCUUCUUGCUGUUAUCUCUAUGUGAAGAAUUUCUUGAUUAUCAUAUCCAUUCCUUGAGCUAGUUACAAAAAGUAUCUUACAUCACAUAGUUUCUAUUUUAUAUUAUGCCAUAGCCUAAAAGCUAUAUUUACCACACUACUUAAAAGAGAUUAAUACAGCAUAACUUUCCAACAUAACAUAUAUAGUAUUAAUUUUAAUAUUUGAGAAGAUCCAAUCAUAUAAAAUGCAUUUUUCAUAAUCUAAAAAUAAAAAUAUUUUUUUGUUUUUGCUUUAGGAAGUCAACACUGGAGUGACUCCUGAUGUGUUGGCAUUUAAUGUAGUUUUGGUGAGGUACUGCCUCCGUGCCUUUCUCACAGCUGCUGUUGGCUUGGCUCAGCAGGUGCCUCUGAUCUCCCUGUGAGCUGCUGGUCUGUUCUUUCAGCCCAGUGGUACAUUGAAGACAGCUCAUGCUGUUCCUGAAGGGGAUUUCUGCCUGCAGGGACAGUUCUGGUGCCAUUGGAGCCAUGGUGAGAAGGGAGGGCUGGCAGUGACAGGUUUGGGAUGCUCUUCCUGUGGCACACACAUUCCUCCCUCUCAGGCAGGCUCUGGGCUUGGAUUACUCAGCUGGCACUUGCCAAGCACUGGAAGGGCCUUAGCUGUGCAGGGAACAGAACAUUUAAGGGGAAAGCAAAGCUGGGGAUGUUCUGGCGUCAGAAAGAUCCUUUUGGAAGGGACAGUGAACUUUUCCAGCUGUGCCAAAAUGAACCAGUGAAGGUGUGGGAAUGUCUGGAAGGUUCCUUGUGCCCAAAGGAUCGUGGCAAGCGCAGCACUGAAAAAGUCUGAAGUAAAUCUUGGAGUGCCUUUUGGUGGCCUGUUGAGCUUGGUAGAGAUGCUGAGUGUGAAACUGCAGGGAAGCUGCUUUUGCUGCAGUGGUUGGAGGGGGAAGCAGUGGCAGCUGUUUGCUGGCUGCUUCUUGCCUACCUUCCCCUCAGUCCCCUGGAGCUCCAGGUAACCAUACCACCUUUGCUUUUCCAAGUUUUUUUUUUUUUUUUUUUUCUGAAGGGUUUCUAAAUGUGGCCAUGGGCUUUGCGGCAGCUGGAUUUUAUUUCUGCUUGAAGAAGUGUCUCCUUGUAGGGUUUGUGAUUUACCACUUCCCAUGCCAGGUUCACUGCAGUAGAAGCAAGCACAUAAAAGCCCAGGGCCUGGACUGGGAUGUUCCACACCUCUGUCAAGCACAGGGGUCGUUGCUUGGUGUUGAUUCUCCAGUCUUGUCUGCUCAGGCCUUGUUCUGACCUGCUUAGCCAUAAAUGCCAUUGCAGGAGGAGCAGAACAUCCCAUGGCUCCUGUGGAUCACUUGUUGCACUGACUUUGUGCUGCAGCCUGAAUGUUAGGUUUGAAUUAAUACAAAUUUUCCAGGAUUGUGUGUUUGGAGUUGCUGGUUUAGGGAUGGCAAGGUCUGGGUUUGGAUUUGUGGGCACCAAGCGCUCCUUGUGUCAGCUUUAGGUCUGGAUGGUGGGAACUGUUGGAGGAAAGAAAAUGGAAUUGAAAUGCACAGAUCCAUUCCUGGAGAAAUGAUCAGGAUGGGAGAAAAGAGGAUGUGCAACUGCUGGGGAGCUCCUGGAGAGAGGAAAGGAUCCAAAGAUUAGAAGCAAAAGCUGCAGAACAAAGCCUGAAAUGGGGCAGGGGAAGGAGGGAAAGAAUCCCUGCUCCAAGAAUCCAGCAGGGGCCAGGAGAGGAUAAUUUUCCAUCCACCAGCUCUUGGUGAAAUCCUAAUAAUGAAGGUCAGAGGAAAUUAUUUGUUUGCUAUUAGGUUUGGAAUGAAAGGUGCUAUUCCAGAGGGGAAUAUUCACUUGUUGAAAUUCUGUUGGAUAAAGGAAAAGAGGGAGGAAGCAGGAGGAAUGAACUGGUGGAUACAGCUGGGGAUUUUUGGUGGAUACAGGGGGAGACGUGGGAAGGAGCUCAUGGGUACCAACAGGAAAAGCCCCAGCUGCCCUUCUUUCCAAGCUCUGACAUUCCAGAGAGGUAACCAGUGGUUGGCACACCCCUUUCUAUAUUCCUUGGAUGCCCAGUGCUUUGUUGGGAAGAGAUAAUAUUAGGAAACUAACAAAUCCUGCUAAAAAAGGUCUGGAGGCCCAGGUUUUGAUAUUCACAGUAAGGCUUUAUUGAUUGGGUGGAAAGAUUCAGAUUUGCUGAGGUUUCUGUGUUCACUUCCACCUGCUUCUCCUCAUGAGACCUGGGAAUAAGAUUUCCCAGUUCCUCUGGCCCAAAUAGGAAAUGCACCAACUCCAAAGAAUGAGGAUUCUGGAUAUGCUUCCUUAGUUUGGCCUGGAAAAAGGAAGGAAACACAGUUUAACCCUACCUUGAGUGUGCUUUCUCUUUUCUGUCACACGGGGGGAGUUGCAGACUGAUGAGAUGAGAAUGUGGUGUAGGGCAUAGGAAUAAUUCCUUUUUAUUUUGUGUCCAUUUCUAAUUCUGGAUGAAUUUCAGGAGGGGUGGAAUCCCCUCUCUGUUAAAUCAGUGCCUUUGAAGGUGAUUUGAACAGACACACAAACCUUGCCUUCUUUUGGAAGUCCUAGUGAGGAGAGGCCAGGGUUAAGGUUGCUUUUGCCUCUUGCAGCGUUGAGAACCCCACUGGUUCCACAAAUGAAAACAACAGGAUUGGUGUUUUGAGGGUCCCUUGGCAAAUUUCUGACAAGGAAAAGUUGCCAGCAAGGUCUUGUCUGUGGCACCUGGAGCUGCCCUGGCCACUGAAAGGCUCCAAAUCCACUGGUAUUUGAUGUGAGCUGUGGCGGAAUGGAGGAGCAAACACUUGGAAUUGAUUUACUGCAAGGACUGGGUUGUGGCAGCAGUGAUCAGCACAGCUGUGGUGAGAAACCUCUCCAGUUUGUGCUUCCAUGCAGCUCCUCCUCCUGUCCUGGGCUCCUGGCACUGCUGCCAUGGGAGACAGGCUCCCCACUCCUACUGAAAUGCAAAGCAUUGGAAAUGUCAGAGAUGAAACAUUAGUGUAGAGUGGGAAGUGGGAAACAACUGCUGGCAGCAGGGUGACCCACUGAAAGGGCACUUGCCAGGGACUCGGCAGCCACGUGGGGAGGAACAUGGCAGGGCUCCACCACGGAGUCCCAGCUCUGCUCCACCCUCAGCCCUGGGCUCUUGCCCGAUCAGCUGCUCCUUCUGAUCCUGAGCAGGCACAAAUUAUCCCUAUUUGCUUCUCAAGGAAAAGACUGAGCUUGGUGUCCUGCAUUAAGGUUGUUUACAACCUCUGGGGUUUCCUUAUUAAUGACUGCCCAGGAAGGAGCUUGGAGGAUGUGUUCGCUGGACAAGUUUGGUCACAACUGACAGAAUUCCUGCUGGCUCCUUCCCCUCCUGGUCUCUCAUGUUUCAUUGAGCAGAGCUGGCAGCACUGAGAAUAUCUUUUGCUUUUCACUCCCUCCACAAUCCAGAGGGUCUGGCAAUGGAGAAAGAGAGGAGCCAGGAAUACUGGGGCAAUGAGGGACUUCAGCUGCUGUCAAGCCGAGACUUCCCAAGCCUAGAUCUGAAAAGAUCCAGGCAUUGCAACCCUCUGAUACUCUGUCCCAUCCUGGACUGGAUAUUUCUAGUUUUGGUUUAACAGCUUGUCCCAGGAAACCUGCACAAACCUGACACAGUGUUUGUCCUGGGUUCUGAAGAACCUGGAAUUCACACCUUUGUCCCUUGGCAGUGUUUUCUGUUCUAAUUUCCCUCUGAACACUCACUGCUGGGAUGCACUGGGAAAAGCUCUGUCCCUGCAUGGGAUGGAAACUCCUCCAUGUCUCACCAAGAGGUUCAAAGCCCAUUUGGUUUUCUGGAAGCAGUUGAUGAACUUGGUCUCGCUUGGAGUCUUGCUCGGAGGGUCAGCGUUCCCUCUGCUAGGAGAAGGGGCAGAGGACACUUUGGUGAGAACGUCCCCUUUGGGAAGGUUCCACCUCCCUGCUGUCCAGAAGGCACAGCAGAAAUGGGUGUUGAGACCAGAACUACUGAAAAUGAGGGGCUCAGGGAAAGGCAAACUCCCUCUGUGUGCCAGAGGCUCCGUGUGCUUUGCCAGAGGUGCCCCAGAGCAGCGGCACCUCCCAAGCUGCUGGGCCUGGAUCCAUGGCUGUGCCGUGGCAUCUAUCCAGACCUGCUGGGCUGGGAGCUGAGGUGUCCCCCCGCCUUCAUCCGUGCCCCCCUGUGCUCCCCAUUUGUUCCAGGUGCUGCACUGCUCCUGCUGGCCCUUUCUUCUGGCUCUGUCUCCCUUUUCUGCUUUGGCUGGGCUGUGGGAAUGCCUCUGCUGCCUUCUAGAGCUGGGUGAGGAGCACUCGGAUGUCAUCCAGGGUGCAGUUCAGGAUUUGUUGUGAGGACAGAAACCUAAGGGACCAAGGUGAAAGCCAACUCAGGCUGGGCAUGGCUGGGAGCCUGAAUCCCAGGGCCUGCUGCAUUUCCCAGGAAGAUGCACAGGAGUGGUCAAUGCAGGCAUGAAACAGAGCUGGAUGCAUCCCUCUGCAAGCACAGAACUUCUGGGCCUGGCUGUGGGCUGUCCUUACCAAGGGGACAAGUGACCCCUGCUCAUGGAUGGCUGGAAAUAACCCAGGUGGGAUGGGGAGGAGCAGAGCUGGAAUCACCAGAGCUGCCUCAGGUCAGAGGACAUUGGCACUGACCCAGUGAUGGAGAUUUGCUUUUGGCCACCUUAUCCUUGUGCACAGUGGGUAUCACUUGGAAAAAUGGGCAGAGGAUGCAUUAAAUGCCUGCUUAGGGACAAGCCCCUUGCUCCCUGCCUCUCUUCUCCCUCUGCUCCUGCCUGUGGACUGUGCAGUGUCCUCGUUCCCACCAUUUCCUUUGCCAACUCCUGUGCUAACUUGGCUCCAGACUCCUCAUGCUCGCCAGAGCUUCCUCGUUCAGGGUCUGCAAAGGAGGAGCAGAAAAACACAUUUGCUCUCAAAGGUUGGAAAUGGGCUCUCCCAAAGGCAGGGAUCCAUGGGGUGGUAGCUCCCAGCUUGGGUGUUUGUUCUGGGUUGUGAGGGCACCUCGGGACACCCCAAGGAGCAGGAGGUGACUGGAGAUGCUGAUUAAAUCUGCUGGGGCACAGCCCCUGCCUGCCAGCCCCGUGUCCAUCCCCUGCCUGCUCUCAGCUGCAAACAGGGCUGAACCACGAGGAGCAUCCAGCAGAGUCCUGCCAGCCCCGGCUCCCGCUGCUCUGGGUCCCCAGCUCCUGGGCCUUUGAGGGAUCUACGUGGAGGAGCUGAAGAACCAGAGGUCAAGUGGGAUUAGAUGAACUCUGCUCUCCCUGCAAACCUCCAUUUCUCUGUGGGAGCCUUCCAUCUCCCAGAGGUUCCAGUUUAACUGAAUGGUGGUGGAGAAAGAAGGAAUAAGCCCUGGGAUUCUUCAGGAUGGGUGUUUAGGCAGCCCUGGGCACAAAUCAGUAUUUUUGUACAAACAUGUGCAGUCCCUCAAGCGCUUGCAAUAGGUGCUAAAUCUCCAUCGUCCUUCCAAAAACCCAACCCUGAGGCACCUCCCAGCUUCCAGCAGCCACACACCCAGCGUGGGGGGAUAUUCCAGCGGGAGCGAUCGCUGGGGUGGCCCCUGGGGUGGCAAAGCAAAGGGUGUCAGCUCAGGGCAGAGGCUCGGAAAGGGCCGACACAGCCCCAGGGAUGUGUCGAGAGGGAGAGCUGGGGAGGCAGCUGGAAUUGGGCACCGGGAGGGGACCCCGGGUGGGGAAUGCGGGGAACUUCAGACCGCGGGCUGGGGGACCCAGCAGGCGCUGCUGGCUCCGGCAGGGCCCUGCCAGAGCUGGAGCCGUGGGAUGCUGGAAUGGCUUGGGGUGAAGGGACCUUAAAAGCUCAUCCUGCUCCACUCCCUGCCAGGGGUAGGGACACCUUCCACUAUCCCAGGCUGCUCCAAGCCCUGUCCACCCUGACGUUGGACACUGCCAGGGAUCCAGGGGCAGCCCCAGCCCCAGAUUCUCUGGACACCCUGUGCCAGGGCCUCAGCACUCUCACAGGGAAGAAUUCCCUCAUAAUAGCCAACCUAAACUUUUUCCUUCAAAACAUGGUGAGUUUGCAAACUUCUUUGCUAAAUUCUUACUUGUGUUCUGUCAAAACAAACCCGAAAACAAUCCAAAAUACCAACAUGUCUUGUUUUUCCUGCCUCCCUUCCCAGCAAUGUGGCACAAAUUCCAGUGAUGCGAAGAAGCUGGAUUUCAGACAGUGGAGGUGAUGGCUUAUGCACCAGAGAAGGAGCUGCUGAACAUUAAAGGCAUCAGUGAAACCAAAGCUGACAAAAUCCUGUUAAGGAUAGUCUGGAACUUUAACCCAAAAUAUCCCACAGGUUUAUUUCUGCUGGCUGAAAGCACUGUGGUGAAUUUGGAUGGUCUCCAAUGGACAGUAAAGAUGAUUGGAGGUGUCACAUGAUUUGUGAUGGGAAAAGGCAAAAUGCACCAGCACAGGACUGAGCUGAAGGGAAGGAUACUUCCAUAAAACACACAAAAGGGAUGUUGGAGCUUUUUCUUGGAGCAGAAUUCAGUUCUGUUCAGAGGUACCAACUCGUGCAAGGUCUAUGAAAUGUGCAGGGAAUGAUGCAGGCACCUCUCCACAAGGCAGGAAAUAUUAAUUACUGGGGGUUAAUGAAUGGCAUGAGCUCUCCUGGCACUGCUCAGCUGGGUUUUCCCUCAGGCUGAGGUAGCCAAACUGAUUUCCAGAGUUUCACUACAGCCACAGAAUUCCACCAGCAGUGGUCAGACAUCAUCUAGAUCACCACUGACCCCAAUGAGCUGUAAAAGCUGCUUCAAGGUCAGCAUUUUAUUAUUUGUCUUUCCUGCUUAAGCUCAGUUAUUGGGGUGGGGUUUUCCCAUGAGCUUGAUCUUUUCAUGGAACCAUGUAGGACAAGUCUUGGUUGGAUGAAAAACCUCUAGGACUGCUCUUGAAUAAUUGCUUUUAUUUUAAAAGCUGCAGAAAUACUUUUUAAUCCUUUUAGUCAUGAUGCAGGACUCAGAGCUGUCAAUUUUUGGAUAUUUCUGGUUUAUUUAAGUCCAUGAUGCGUUUAGGGAAAACAAAACCAGACAUCACCAUGUCCUCAUUCCCCUGGUAAUCCAAAAAUGAAAAAAUGUAAUUUCAUUUCUUAAGCAUCUACAGAAACACAGCUGGACUUCUUAUCUCAGGGUGAAAAGCAGUUUUCCCUCUUAGUUUUGAAACUUUCAGCCAAGUUCAGUGUUUAACUGAGUCUCUGUACAUGUAAUAUUUUGUAUGUGGGACAGAUACAUAGAUACUUGUUUGUAACAUGUGACCUUUAAAUUUUUAUUGAUAAUUAUUAUUGUAAUUUUCCCUUCAGGAGAAAUAGAAACAGGAUUCAUAACAGAGUUAUUUGGGGAAUUCCAUACUGAGAAGACACAGUACUGUCCCAGCCUGGCAGUCACUGGUCAGCUCCCCAUAGACCAUGGGGACAGUGAGGGAAAAGCCACAUCCAUGGACACAGAGGGGACCUUCCAUCCAGAGCAGCUCCUGGCUGUGGCUGAAAAGUCAGUGAGUGGAAGACAGGAGUAGAUGGACCCACAGCUCAGCUGGAAAAUGUUUUCCACAGGUCCUGGAGGUUGAUCUGGCAGGUAUUCCCUUUGCAAAGCUCUGCUGUUGCUCCUCUCCCAUCUCUGCUGUUGCUCCCUCUCCCACUGUCUCCCCACAGCUCUUGUGUCAUUGUCCCUCGGCACGAGGUGAUUUCUCUCUCUUGCUACUGGAAGGGACUAGGAGCUUCCUGAGCAGCUGGGGACAGACUGGCUGGAUCCUGUCAGCUCUUUCUUAAGGGAAUUGGAUCUAAUCCUGCUGGCUUCUCCCACAGCAAGGACUGCUCCUGUGUUCCCUGCUGCCAGGGAAUGUUUGGCAGCCAAGCGAAGGAGAGGAAGAGAAAUUAUGCUUGCAGCAGGCAUAGGUGUGUCUGUGCUGGCCGUGUACAGGGUGACCUUGGAAUCGUGGAAUCCUUCAGGCUGGAGAAGCCCUCUGAGAUCACGGUGCCCAACUGUUCCCUGGUGCUGCUAAGGCCACCAUCAUCCCAUGUCCCCAAGUGCCAUAUCCACACAGCUUUAAAUCCCUCCAGGGAUGGGGCCUCCACCACUGCCCUGAGAAGCUGUGCCAGGGCUGGACAACCUUUCCACUGUGCGACUUUCCAAUAUCCAGCCUAAACCUUCCCUGGAAUCAUGUCAGGCCAUUUCCUUUCAUCCAUUUCAAAUGGUUCCAAUCAUUCCCUUCUCUUUUCAUCACCAUGGGUUGCAUUUUUCCCCUCUGAUUUUAUCUCUGUCAGGGAUGUGAAUUUUUCUUCCAGUCUUUUGCCAAAGCUCCUGACUAAGUCCAGGAACUCCAAGGUUCAUCCCUUCCCCCCCCCCCCCCCGCCCCCGAUUUUGCAGGAAUGGUCUCUGGCAGCGACACCCUGGACAAGGUGGCCUCACCGGGGCUCUACCAGCAACUGCCAGGUGCAGCUGCUGGAUCAGGUUGAAGACUGAAAACUGCUUUUCUCCCCCUGAAUGCCCAGUCCGUGUCCCUGAGAGGCUCCUUUCCUGCUGGCACCUCAGGGACACUCCCCAAGGCAGCGGGCAGAGGGAGCUGUGGGUGUCAGCGUGGGAAGCGUCGAGCUCAGCUGCAGCUGUGGGAAGAGAUCUCCCUCUGGGCUGCAGGCACAGGGCAGGGCUGGGAGCUUCCUGGACACCGUUCCCAUGGGAAUUCCCUGUGUGUCUUGCUGGAUCCCGCCAUGGACACGGCGCAGAGAAUCUCGAUGGUCAUAGUUGGGAACUCGAUAAACUUGAAGCAAAGCUGAAGGGUUUGUCCACCGAGAGAAGUGGUGAUUUAUAGAGCAAAGCCUGUGGUAUCCCACAAGAGGAAUUUGGGAUGGUCCCAAUCCAUAAUCUUUCUGUUCAUUUUCUUUUGGAUGCUGCAGCCUGCUGUCCUGAGGGUGCUGCUCCUUUUCGUUUCCAUUUAAUUUUCUAUAUUUCAUUAAUUAUAUUUGGAAAUUGCUUUUAAUGAAAAGGCCCAGGAGGCUAUUGAUGACAUCCCGCAGAUGUGUGCUCAGACCAAGGAUUGUUCUGGCUGGCAGAAGCUGCACCAAUCUCCCAGGAAUGUCAGUCUGGAUUUUCUUUUCUCCCGGUUCUCCCAAUUCUCACUUCGGGAGUGCAGUGCAGCCCUGCCCUGUGUAUCUCCUAUAAGAGUUUUGGGGUUAAAAAUGUUCUUUUAUAUUCUGCAAUAUUUCUCUAGAACUCGAUUAAAAAAAUAAAACCAUAUCAAUGUGAUUUGUAUUGGUUCAUUUGCAUUGGUUAAUUAAAGCAAAUCAUUGAGAAGGGGGCUGGGCAGCCCUUGGUUGGAGCUGGCAGCUCUUCCUCAUUGUCUCUUCAUUCUCUGAAUUGCUUUGAAUUAUUUCAUAAGUAGUUGCUGCAAUCAAGAUACACAGUGAGGAGAAACAGCAUUGCUGCCCUGCUGGAUUGGGAAAUCCAAGUCCAGUUCCUCAGAGGGAGCUGAGCCUCAGGCUGGGAUUUGGCAGUGCUAAUUCAGUGAGGAGGGGAGAAGGGAGAUCACCCAAAACUGGUUAAAGCCAAUUCUGCUGGGUUUGGGUGCCCCAACCCCCCCAAAAAUGAUCCUGGUUAAAGGGAACUUGAGAAAGCAGCAGGAUGUGCUGGGGGGGCUGUGCUGGAGCCUCCAAACCCUGGGCAGGGAUGAAGAGCAGUGCCAGAGACACAGGAACACUAUGGAAGUGGGUGCUGUCACCUCCAAAUUCCAGCCAGGAAUGCUGGGCACUGGCAGCUCUUUGGGACACUGCCUGAUCCCGAGUGUCUUCCCAUUAUCUUCUGUCGUGCUCAGCACUUGACACUUCAUUAGAGACUCACAGGCUUAAAAUCCCAUGGGAGCAGCUGGAAUCACAGCCGAUCACACAGAAGCCUAGGAUGGCGAAACCGCGGCAUACUGGCAAGGAGAUACCAAUACGAAGGAAACCUCGGCUGCACAGAUGGGCAUUCAUGGACGCAUGUACCCAGUGACGCCCAAGAGAUGAUGGCCCGGAGGUGAUAUCCAUCUGAGAUAACCGGAGCCAUCAACACCUGCCGCCUGAAUACAGGAUUCUGGGAAUCGAGGAAACGCACUUAUCAAUUCCCGGACGAAGGCUUUGUGCAGUUCAGGCUGAAGAAAAGAACCAACUUGAAUAUGAAGAACUCAAAAAGGAGACAAAGGGACUCUGCCGCGGGCAAAAUAAAGAGUAUAAGAACUGCAGCCUCGGAACAGCCAGUGUGAAUGCAGGGGGAUUUGGUGCACUAGAGACCAGAUCCACGUCCACCCAGCCUAUCUCCCGGGAGUGUUGGCCUGUCAGUUUGAUUGUUGGCUGUCAGGACUGUAACACAGUCGCGAAUAAAUUCCUUUUUAUUUUAUUAGAA